AUGCAGGCAUAUCGCGACAAUCCGUUUGAACCAAAUCAAAGUUCAUCAGAUCUCAACGAAUACUACCAAACCAGUCGGUCACCUUCCAACGCAGGGCGAUCUCAAGCAGGCUUCAACAACAUCCCACUGAGACCCACGGCUGCCUCAGGUUCUGGGACCUAUACACCGUUGGGUGCAAAUCAACCUUUCUCUGCAGAAUCCACCGACAAUCUGGCGUCCCAAAAUCCAUUCGGAACCCCUCCGCCGAGUAGGCAAGGCAUGGCUGCACCGGGAGGGUACAGUGACUUGAAUUCAGUGAACCAUGUAGGAAGCAGCGAGCCCAAACUAGGAGCCUACACCCCAGGGUCAAGGUGGAUGGAGCCUCAGCCCCCGAAGGGAAAGCGUAAAAUGUGGAUCAUUAUGGGGACCAUUGUCGGUUUGAUAGGUAUUGCUGUCAUUGCCAUUGCAGUUGGGAUUGUUGUGUCCCACAACAAGAAAAACAACAACAACUUGUCUUCGUCUGUCUCUGGAGUCUCGUCAAACUCUACUGUGCAACAGACAGAUCCUGGCGAUCCGAGCAAGUUCACCAAAGACCCAAAUUUCCAUCAAGCAUUCUGGGGGAUGGCAUACACUCCGGUUGGUUCGCAGACGCCGGACUGUGGAAACUCUUUAGCUGCCGUGAUCCAAGACAUCCAGAUCAUGUCGCAAUUAACUACUCGUAUCCGCCUUUAUGGUGCUGACUGCAAUCAAUCUGCUUUGGUGCUUGAAGCGAUUAAGCAAACCAAGGUCAACAUGAAAGUUUGGUUAGGAAACUAUGUAAUUGCGACGGAUAACAAUGCGGCAUACAACCGCCAACGAGACACCAUCAAACAAGCCAUUCAAACGUAUGGCACGGACAACAUCGGAGGAAUCACUGUUGGAAACGAAUUUGUUCUCAACUUCCUAACAAACGGUAAUCAAGACCCCAACAGCGCACAGGGUGACCAGGCCGCUGCCAUCUUGGUUCCUGAUAUUCAGGAUACUCGAGCCAUGCUUCAAUCAUUAGGUGUCAGCAUCCCCGUGGGUAACUCCGAUGCUGGUAGCUACUUUAAUAAUAAAAUCUUGGAGGCUGUUGACUACGGAAUGGCAAAUGUGCAUCCUUGGUUUGCAGAUGGUGUUACUGUUGACGCAUCUGCUGCUUGGACAGCUGACUUCUUCCAGAACCAGGAUGUGGAUUUAGCUAACACCUUGCCUAACAGGCCGCAGAUGUAUAUCGCUGAGACUGGAUGGCCAACUAAAUCAUCGGAUGCUGCUCACGCCAAUUCACUGGGAGGAUCACCCGCAUCUGUUGCCGGUCUCCAGACAUUCCUUGACACCUUUGUAUGCCAGGCUAACGCGAAUGGUACACAAUACUUCUUCUUCGAAUUCGCUGAUGAGGACUGGAAAGACAAGCAAUUCGGCGGUGUCGAAGGAUGGUGGGGACUUUUCAAUCAAGACCGAACCCUGAAGAACGGAAUAAAAAUCCCAAACUGCCAGUCUCCCUGA